UCCUGCUGGCCAGCCGGCGUCCGAGCGGCUCAGUCCCGGCCGGAGCGACGCGGGGCGCAAAGGCUGCUGCUGCUGGGCAGGAGAUGCGCUGCGGGGCCGGCGGCGGCGGCGCGCCCAGUUGAAGGACGCCCGAGAUGGGGAGCAAGGGGCAUUAUCGGUACCACUGGCAGAGCCACAAUGUCAAGCACAGUGGCGUGGAUGAUAUGGUGCUACUUUCCAAGAUCUCAGAAGAUUCUAUCGUGGAGAACCUCAAGAAGCGAUACAUGGACGACUACAUAUUUACCUACAUUGGCUCCGUCCUGAUUUCUGUGAACCCUUUCAAACAGAUGCCGUACUUUGGAGAGAAAGAAGUCGAAAUGUACCAAGGAGCUGCUCAAUAUGAAAACCCACCACACAUCUACGCUCUAGCGGACAAUAUGUACCGAAACAUGAUUAUUGAUCGGGAGAACCAGUGCGUGAUAAUCAGCAAACGAAGUUCAGUGUAA